UGCUGCUAGUGAUCAUGAAGUACAGUAUGAAUGAAUGAAUACAGUAUGAACUGUCCUCAGCACCUCAUCACACAAUAAAACAUCACACGACAUUAUAUUUAAUGCUCACUUUACUGGGAUUUUAUUUAGACGUUUCAAAACUAGAUUUAAACUAUAGGUUCAUGCUAUCACUUUGACUGUGCCACAAAACAUUUAUAUAUUAAAUUAGGAAUGUGUUAGUUAACAAACAUUUCCCCCUUUAACAGUGAUUAAGACGAACAUCGUAACCAUUUAAAAUAAAACAGUGAAAAACAAAAUGCAGUUGUUAAAGCAAUUAAUUCUUGUUAUUUAAAUGUAGAAACCCCUUAGUUAUGCAGAUAUUUUCCAGAUUUAUUUACGGUAUGUUGAUACUAAUAUAGAAUUAUUAUUUUACUUUCUGUCUCCUAGCUGCUUAGUGUGCCCCGAGUAAAACACAAUCUUAAACUCUCUCUUUCAAAAAAAAAUCUUAUAAUAUUACUUUUUAUUAUUUUUCACGCAUCAAUGUUUUCAUCUUCUUCAUCAUCGGCGCUUUCUUCCGAAGCGUCUCGCGGCGGUGGGCGGGGCUGACGCGUCAUGACGACGAUCCCGCGCGCCCAUUGGCCCGUGUCCCCCUGACGUCACGAUCAUGAUUAGAAUUGAUGAUCGGACGUUUUGAUUUCAUUGUCUAGUGAGGGGAUUGGUAAAGAAAUCUGCUGAAUUCGAGGGGUUCGUUGAUUUCUCUACAAAAGGUCUGAGGGCUCUGUCCUGGAUCGAGCAGGCCGUGUGUGUUUCCGUCAGCAGCUGAUAGAAGAGUCACGAUGGCCGGACGCUGGUGUGAAUAGACUGCAGGCGUCUCUGCCGUAUGUUGAGAUUGACCGCAGCUCAGCCUGGUUCCUGGGAUCUCUCAGCACAUCCAGCAGAGGGAUGGAAAAAUGGCUGGAAAAGAGGAGCAUUCACACUAUGAACCUGAGGUCUGUAUUCACAGCCGAGCAGCAGAGGAUCCUGGAGCGCUACUAUGAGAACGGCAUGACCAAUCAGAGCAAGAGCUGCUUCCAGCUCAUCCUGCAGUGUGCUCAAGAGACCAAGCUGGACUUCAGCGUGGUCAGAACAUGGGUAGGAAACAAGCGCCGGAAGCUGGCGUCGAAGGCGGACCAGAACGGCGCGGGCGCUCCAGUGCUGUCCCAUCAGCAUGUUUCGUGUGGCUCCGGCGGGGCGCUCGUGGCCGGCUCGGUGCUGACGGCGGAGAUGGCGGCCAUGAGGAGCAUCCAGCGGGGCCCUCCGGUGACCCACCUCCUCCCCCCGCAGGCCUCGUCCUCCUCUUCCUCCUCCUCUCCCUCCUCCUCCUCUCCUCUCAGCGACGUCAUUCUGACGGGCAUUUACGCCAACUGCUUCGAUGCUGGCGUUCACAACAGGACUGCGGCGAAAGCGCACGCCGACUUGGAGCAGCCCGCCGCGCAGAGGAAAUCCCCCAUCAUCCCCGGCGGCCCCAGCGUGCUCAAGUGCAGCCAGGCGCUCAAGCCCUUCCCCUCGAGAGACGUCACGGCCCCCAGCUGGGCCCCGCAGGGCCGAGCCUCGCAGCAGGCGUCCUGGCCCCAGAAGACCUCGGCGGCGCAGCGCGUUCCAGCAGACGCCGGCGCUCAGAUUAAACACGUCUUCGCUCUGGCCGGAUCGGAGCGGCCUCCAGACGCAAGGAAGACCAGGCCGGUCGAGGCGUCUGAGGUCUUCUCGAUCGCCAUGGAGACGGCCGACGCUGAGGACGAGUACUCCAGAGAAGAGGAGCUGGCCAACAUGGCCCUGCAGAUGCAGUGUGGGAAAGCCUCCUCCUCGCUGACCGACAGCCCGGGGCUCCACUCCUCAAACUCUGCUCUGUUUGGAGAGAAGGGAUGUCAAACCAGCAGCUCCUUACUGAGCAGAACGUCGCCCCCCGGCAGCUUCCCGCUCAAACUGCUCUCGCAGACGUCUGCCAGGAUACCCUGCCUCAAGGUAACAAGUAACAUGUCGGCUCCCUGGCUUCAGAGUAACUCACGGAAACGAACGCUGCAGGACAGGACUCAGUUCAGCGACAGGGAUGUGUUCACGCUGAAGCGCUACUGGGAUAACGGCAUGACCAGCCUGGGCUCUCUGUGCAAAGAGAAGAUCUCAGCGGCGGCCAGCGAGCUCAGAGUGGACUCUGAAAUCAUCAAGACGUGGAUCGGUAACCGCAGAAGGAAGUACCGUUUGAUGGGCAUUGAGAUUCCUCCGCCUAAAGGAGGGCCGGUCAGUUUCUCAAACCAGACCGCAGCUCAUUCCCCUCACCUCCCUGAAGACGAGCGGCAGUCUCCAGAGCUGGGAGAGGCCAGCGAACACAACGACGUCGUGUCGCUCUGUUUGUCUGACGAUGGAGCCAGUGAUUUUUAUCUGAAAGAAAAUGAUGAUGUGAACGAUGAAUCGGAUGGGUCCACCCCUGCUAAACAUGUGAAGAUUGAAAUCGUUGAAGAAGAAGAAGAAGAAGAAGAAGAUGAUGAUGAUGAUGGAGACAUGUUGACCACUGAGAUGGAACAGAUGCAAAACCUCUUAGAGUUCAGGACUGAAGAAGUGCAGUUUCUCGAGAAUGAGCUGCAGAGCCAGAAACAGAAGUUCUCAAAGCUGAAGAGCUUCACCAAAAGCCUGCUGAUCGCUGUGAAAAACAAAGACAGACAGAAACAGCAGGAGCUGUUAGCCAGUCUACCUCAGAAAGCGAAUGAGGACUGGGACCUGGGCCUGGAGAACCACAGCGAGUCCGGCGCCGUCCAGAAAGAGUCCUCUGUAUCAGAGGAGGAGGAGGACAUGGAUCAGAUGAGACUGUAGACGCAGGGCAGCUUCCACCUCUUCUGUUCCUCACACACGCCGCAUAGUGCCUGUGGAAACAAACCAGUAACUGUUGGGCCAAACCAGUCAUUUUCUACGGCAUAGGUCAUAUCAGACUGCCAUGGCCAGGUCCGGUACUAUCAAAUAAAUGCCACUAAGUCAACACGA